GUGGGGAGCGCGGGGGCUCCGCGCGCGCUCUGCUGGCUCCGCGCCGCGCGAUGGCGCGAGGAGGCGCGCGCGCCCGGCCCCGGGGACCCCAGCCCGGCCGCCGCUGAGCCCCUCCGCCCGCGUCCGAGCAUGUCCCCUCCGGCCGCCGCGGCCGCCUCCGCCUGCAGCGCUCGCGCCUCCCGCAGCCGCCGCCGCAGCCGCUGCCCCGGGCAUUUGCCCCCGGACCCCCGCCCCUGAUCCGCGCCCGCGCCCAGCCCGGAGGACCAUGGCCGGCCAGGGGGACUGCUGCGUCAAGGUGGCCGUCAGGAUCCGGCCUCAGCUGUCAAAGGAGAAGAUUGAGGGCUGUCACAUCUGCACCUCGGUCACCCCGGGGGAGCCCCAGGUCCUCCUGGGGAAGGACAAGGCCUUCACCUAUGACUUUGUCUUCGACCUGGACACCUGGCAGGAGCGGAUCUACUCGACCUGUGUGGACAAGCUCAUCGAGGGCUGCUUUGAUGGCUACAAUGCCACGGUGCUGGCCUACGGGCAGACGGGGGCCGGGAAGACAUACACCAUGGGCACCGGCUUCGACAUGGCCACGUCGGAGGAGGAGCAGGGCAUCAUUCCGAGGGCCAUCGCCCACCUCUUUGGGGGCAUUGCUGAGCGCAAGCGGCGGGCACAGGAGCAGGGCGUGACUGGGCCCGAGUUCAAAGUCAGCGCUCAGUUCCUGGAGCUCUACAACGAGGAGAUCCUUGACCUGUUCGACAGUACCCGUGACCCCGACGCCCGCCACCGCCGGUCCAACAUCAAGAUCCACGAGGAUGCCAACGGGGGCAUCUACACCACGGGUGUCACCUCCCGCCUCAUCAACUCCCAGGAGGAGCUGAUCCAGUGCCUGAAGCAGGGGGCCCUGUCACGCACCACGGCCAGCACCCAGAUGAAUGUGCAGAGCUCCCGCUCCCACGCCAUCUUCACCAUCCACCUGUGCCAGAUGCGCGUGUGCACCCAGCCCGACCUGGUGAAUGAGGCGGUGGCCGGGCUCCCUGAGGGCACAGCUCCUGCGCCGGAGUAUGAGACACUCACGGCCAAGUUUCACUUCGUGGACCUGGCCGGCUCCGAGCGGCUGAAGCGGACGGGGGCCACCGGCGAGCGGGCCAAGGAAGGCAUCUCCAUCAACUGCGGCCUGCUGGCCUUGGGCAACGUGAUCAGUGCCUUGGGGGACCAGAGCAAGAAGGUGGUGCAUGUGCCCUACAGGGACUCCAAGCUCACCCGGCUCCUCCAGGACUCACUGGGGGGCAACAGCCAGACCAUCAUGAUCGCCUGCGUGAGCCCCUCGGACCGCGACUUCAUGGAGACGCUCAACACACUGAAAUACGCCAAUCGGGCCCGCAACAUCAAGAACAAGGUGGUGGUAAACCAGGACAAGACCAGCCAGCAGAUCAGCGCGCUGCGGGCCGAGAUCGCACGCCUGCAGAUGGAGCUGAUGGAGUACAAGGCGGGCAAGCGAGUAAUUGGGGAGGACGGUGCUGAGGGCUACAGUGACCUGUUCCGGGAGAAUGCCAUGCUGCAGAAGGAGAACGGGGCACUGCGCCUGCGGGUGAAGGCCAUGCAGGAGGCCAUCGAUGCCAUCAACAACCGCGUCACCCAGCUCAUGAGCCAGGAGGCCAACCUGCUCCUGGCCAAGGCCGGCGAUGGCAACGAGGCCAUUGGUACCCUCAUCCAGAACUACAUCCGGGAGAUUGAGGAGCUACGGACGAAGCUCCUGGAGAGCGAGGCCAUGAACGAGUCCCUGCGUCGCAGCCUCUCUCGGGCCUCGGCUCGGAGCCCCUACUCCCUGGGUGGGUCUCCCGCUGCCCCGGCCUUUGGGGGCAGCCCGGCCAGCUCCAUGGAAGAUGCCUCCGAGGUGAUCCGCAGGGCCAAGCAGGACCUGGAGCGGCUCAAGAAGAAGGAGGUCAGGCAGCGGAGGAAGAGCCCAGAGAAGGAGGCCUUCAAAAAGAGGGCGAAACUCCAGCAGGAGAACAGCGAGGAGACCGAUGAGAACGAGGCUGAGGCCGAGGAGGAGGAGGAGGAGCGAGACGAGAGCGGCUGUGAGGAGGAGGAGGGGCGUGAGGACGAAGAUGAGGACUCGGGCAGCGAGGAGAGCCUGGUGGACUCGGACUCAGACCCUGAGGAGAAGGAGGUGAACUUCCAGGCCGACCUGGCCGACCUGACGUGCGAGAUCGAGAUCAAGCAGAAGCUGAUCGACGAGCUGGAGAACAGCCAGCGGCGGCUGCAGACACUGAAGCACCAGUACGAGGAGAAGCUGAUUCUGCUGCAGAACAAGAUCCGGGACACGCAGCUGGAGCGCGACCGCGUGCUGCAGAACCUCAGCACCAUGGAGUGCUACACGGAGGAGAAGGCCAACAAGAUCAAGGCGGACUACGAGAAGAGGCUGCGGGAGAUGAACCGGGAUCUGCAGAAGCUGCAGGCCGCGCAGAAGGAGCACGCACGGCUGCUCAAGAACCAGUCGCGCUACGAGAGGGAGCUGAAGAAGUUGCAGGCCGAGGUGGCCGAGAUGAAGAAGGCCAAGGUGGCCCUGAUGAAGCAGAUGCGAGAGGAACAGCAGCGGCGGCGGCUGGUGGAGACCAAGAGGAACCGUGAGAUCGCCCAGCUCAAGAAGGAGCAGCGGCGACAGGAGUUUCAGAUCCGAGCUCUGGAGUCGCAGAAGCGGCAGCAGGAGAUGGUCCUGAGGAGGAAAACCCAGGAGGUUUCUGCACUGAGGCGCCUGGCCAAGCCCAUGUCCGAGCGGGUGGCGGGGCGUGCAGGACUGAAGCCACCCAUGCUGGACUCGGGGGCGGAGGUGUCGGCCAGCACCACCUCGUCUGAGGCCGAAUCGGGGGCCCGCUCUGUCUCCAGCAUCGUGCGCCAGUGGAACCGCAAGAUCAACCACUUCUUGGGGGACCAUCCUGCGGCCACUGUCAAUGGCACCCGCCCUGCCAGAAAGAAGUUCCAGAAGAAGGGGGCCAGCCAGAGCUUCAGUAAGGCCGCGAGGCUCAAGUGGCAGUCCCUCGAGCGGCGGAUCAUUGACAUCGUCAUGCAGAGGAUGACCAUCGUCAACCUGGAGGCCGACAUGGAGCGGCUCAUCAAGAAAAGGGAGGAGCUGUUCCUCCUGCAGGAGGCUCUCCGGAGGAAGCGCGAGCGGCUGCAGGCCGAGAGCCCGGAGGAGAAGGGGCUACAGGAGCUGGCAGAGGAGAUCGAGGUGCUGGCGGCCAAUAUCGACUACAUCAAUGACAGCAUCACCGACUGCCAGGCCACCAUCGUGCAGCUGGAAGAGACCAAGGAGGAGCUGGACUCCACAGACACGUCGGUGGUCAUCAGCUCCUGCUCCCUGGCCGAAGCCCGCCUCCUGCUGGACAACUUUCUCAAGGCGUCCAUCGACAAGGGGCUGCAGGUGGCACAGAAGGAGGCUCAGAUCCGGCUGCUGGAAGGACGGCUGAGGCAGACCGACAUCGCAGGUUCCUCCCAGAACCACCUGCUCCUGGACGCCCUGCGCGAGAAGGCCGAGACGCACCCUGAGCUGCAGGCGCUCAUCUACAACGUGCAGCAGGAGAACGGCUACGCCAGCACUGAUGAGGAGAUCUCAGAGUUCUCGGAGGGGAGCUUCUCCCAAUCGUUCACCAUGAAAGGUUCCACCAGCCACGAUGAUUUCAAGUUCAAGGGCGAGCCCAAGCUGUCUGCCCAGAUGAAGGCCGUGUCGGCCGAGUGCCUGGGGCCCCCGCUGGACGUCUCCACCAAGAACAUCACCAAGUCGCUGGCCUCCCUUGUGGAGAUCAAGGAAGACGGAGCAGGCCUCUCCCUCCGAGACCAGUACUACCGGGACAAGGUCUCGCGCACCAUCAGCCUGCCCACCAGAGGCAGUACCUUCCCCCGGCAGUCUCGAGGCACGGAGACGUCCCCUCUGACCCGAAGGAAGUCGUAUGACCGAGGACAGCCCAUUAGGUCCACGGACGUGGGAUUCACGCCCCCCUCGUCCCCUCCCACGCGGCCCCGCAGUGACCGUAACGUCUUCUCCCGUCUCACCAGCAAUCAGAGCCAGGGCUCAGCGCUGGACAAGUCUGAUGACAGCGAUUCCUCUUUGUCGGAGGUCCUGAGGGGCAUCAUCACCCCGGUUGGAGGAGCCAAGGGUGCGCGGACAGCCCCACUGCAGUGCGUCUCCAUGGCCGAGGGCCACACCAAGCCCAUCCUCUGCCUGGACGCCACGGACGAGCUGCUCUUCACGGGCUCCAAAGACCGCAGCUGUAAGAUGUGGAACUUGGUCACGGGGCAGGAGAUCGCAGCCCUCAAGGGCCACCCCAACAACGUGGUCUCCAUCAAGUUCUGCAGCCACUCGGGCCUGGUGUUCUCCGUGUCCACCUCCUACAUCAAGGUGUGGGACAUCCGGGACUCGGCCAAGUGCAUACGCACGCUCACGUCCUCGGGCCAGGUGACCUCUGGUGAUGCCUGUGCCGCCACGUCCACCCGCGCCAUCGCCAGUGCACAGGGAGAGCACCAGAUCAACCAGAUUGCCCUCAGCCCUUCGGGCACCAUGCUGUACGCGGCCUCCGGCAACGCCGUCCGCAUCUGGGAGCUCAGCAGGUUCCAGCCCGUCGGCAAGCUGACUGGCCACAUCGGCCCCGUGAUGUGCCUGACCGUCACCCAGACCGCCAACCAGCACGAUCUGGUGGUGACCGGCUCCAAGGACCACUACGUUAAGAUGUUCGAGCUGGGGGAGUGCGUGGCGGGCACCAUCGGCCCCACCCACAACUUCGAGCCGCCGCACUACGACGGCAUCGAAUGCCUCGCCAUCCAGGGAGACAUCCUGUUCAGUGGCUCCCGGGAUAACGGCAUCAAGAAGUGGGACCUGGAACAGCAGGAGCUCAUCCAGCAAAUCCCCAAUGCACACAAGGACUGGGUGUGCGCCCUGGCCUUCGUGCCGGGCCGCCCCAUGCUGCUGAGCGCCUGCCGGGCAGGCGUCAUCAAGGUCUGGAACGUGGACAAUUUCACGCCCAUCGGGGAGAUCAAGGGCCAUGACAGCCCCAUCAACGCCAUCUGCACCAACGCCAAGCACAUCUUCACCGCCUCCAGCGACCUGACAGUGAAGUUCUGGAGUAUACGGCGCUUACCCGGUGGCCCACCCUAGGCGUGAGGUCAGAGGAUGGCCCCCGGACCCUCGGCCCCCCGCAGCCUGGACAGCACGGAAGGGGAGCCGUGGCCCGAGGAGGCCAGCUGCCCUGGGGACAGAGGGUGUGGGCGACGGGUGUGGCCCCUCUUCUGCUCUCCUGCCUCCCCCUUAACCUUCCCACGGGAUACUCUCCUCAGUCCCUCCCCGGCCACGUGGAGAGAGAAUUUGGGGAGGAAAUUAAGCUGUGAAGCCAAAGGGCAUUUCCCCCUCUUUUCUCUCCCUGCGGCCCCUUGGCCUCCCUCCCCGAUGGCCACCUUUCUCCUGCUGAGCCGGCCCUGCCCUUCCUUGAGCCUUUGGCCUGGGGGCGGGGCCCUGUGGGGCCGGUGACGCAGCCCCAGACCUGCCUCUGAGCCCAAAAAGAUAGUCCUCAGGUAACCACGGAGACCAGGUGGAGGCAGCUGGGCCCCCGCCGUGACCCUCGGCCCCUUGGCCCCCGACAGCCAUUCCCAGGUGACCCCAGCAAUCCCUGGGGGUCCCUUUCCAAUGGGGCCACGGCAGAGCCACUGGGAAGACUCCUUCGGAGAGGUGGUCAGAAAUACUUCAGUUAUUUAAUUUAUUUUUUAUUUUUAUUUUUUGCUGUUGCCUCCUGGAAACUGACUUGAAGUUUCUUCCCACGUGUUCUUUCCCUCAGCUCUUGCGGGGAGGGGAGCCCCAAAGGGGACCCGCCCUGCCAGCCCUCCAGGGCCGUUCCUGGUCUGCUCUGCGGGGUGGGGAUGUGCUCCUUCCCCUUUGCAGCCAGGCCUCCCUACAUCGUCCUGGGGACCGUUCUAGCGCACCCCUGACCUCCGGGCCACCGAUGCUCAGUGCCUUCCUCUCCGGGGCCUGGCCCCCGUGCUGGGCAGCCUUACAUCAGCCAUGCCCACGGCGCCACUUGUGUCUUCACUCAUGGGGUCUCGUGCCCGCUGCCCCCACGGCCCAGCCCAGGGGCCCCAGAGUCCCGGUGGGCUGGGUAGGAAGCAGCUCGGAGGACUGUGUCCACGAGGACGCAGCUUGGAUGGGGGGCCGGCCCCCUCCCCAGCCAGCCUGCUAGAUUUUCACCCCGAGUAGCUGGGUGUCCCUCUAAUUUAUUUGUCUCGGGCUAUUCUGGAGACACGUUAUCAAGCCUUAGAGGUGGCACGGGCCGGGGCCCCACCUUUUAGGAGGUCGGCCGUGAGGAUGGAAUUCACUGAGUGUCUCUUUUCCCGCAACCCCGCGGGCUAUGGACUCAGCUCCAGGGAUGUCCUUGUGCCGGCUCCCCCUGUUGGGACAACUCUGAAUUACAGGCUGGGGCCUUGGCGGGGUCGCACCCCGUCCCUCCACCCCAACCUCAGCCGUCCACACUGAUUUUCGGUUGCUUAACUGGUCUUGGGCUCCCUGGCCUCCGGCUGGCCCCGGGUGCCUCUCCCCAUGUGUGCCUGGCACACACAGAGGGGCCGUCUUAGCUGUGAAAGGGGGGAGACGCCUGCAGAGGCCCAGGCUGGCCAGUCCCCCUGCCGGAAGCCACCCCGAUGCCAUGUCCUGCUGUGGGAGCCCCGCUGGACCCUCGCCCUGGUGAGGGCUGGGCGAGCUGACGGGCAGGGAGGAUGUGCCCUCGCAGGCUGGUCUCCUGGGGCCCGGCCAGUCUGUCUGCGAGAUGGCAAGUCCACUUCCUCCGGCCGUCCCAGGGUGCCGGCCGCUCCUUCCACCCCUCAGAAGCGAGCACAGGUCUCUCCCCUCCCCACCCCUCUCCCACCCCGAGAGAAAGCUUCAAGCUUGCAACCUGUAGGAAGAAUCCGUCUGCAUGACUGUUUACAAGUGUAGAAACACACAGACUGUGCUCCCCCGGCCCGCCGGCUGUCCCGGGGCUGCCAGGCCUGUUCCCGCACAAGCUGUGCCCCACGGCCUGCGAGAGGGGCUCGGCAUCAGCGCCCGUCCCCUGCUGCUUCGGACGGGCCAGCUACCUCCCAGUGGGGCCAGCUCUGCUGUCCUGGCCAGUGUCGUUGGCUCUAAACUUGAAGUGCCCCGGAAGCCCUGAGCCAUUCCCAGCUGUGCUCCGGGGGCGUUGAAGACUGCCCACUCCUUCAGGGAUGUCCCAGGCACAUAGUUAGGGGGCAGGCCCCUGUCUCCUCGUUGCACAAGCAUCGUAAGUGUUGCAAGCACAAAAUGGUUGUGAUGUGAGCACAGUGGCAGGGCUUGUGGCAGGUGGCUUCUCCCAGCUCGGCUCUGUCCAGAGUUCGCCGAGGAUGUGCACAUCUCGGGGGGGCCUGCUCUCGCUCGGACCAGGGCUUGGCCUGCGACUCAGCCCAGUUCUGGGACUCGUCAUCCUAUUUAUUUUUCCGUGCCCAUCCGAAGACGUGGGGCUGAGCCGCACUGCAGCCAGGCCCUAUCGGGAUGCCGUGGGCCCUGGGAACAGCGCCCUCUCUUGACCUCACACCCCACAUCUUCAGAUGCCUGAGCCCAGGCUGGAGCCUAACCAGCGAGACCCACCUGCCCUGUCUGCUGGGCCGAGCCCCGUGCAUGCUUGGGAAGCUGACUGGCGAGCUCCCUGGAUGGAGCCUGUCUUCCAUCCCCACGGCCCAGGGGCCUCCUCGGCACAGCCCUGUGCCAGGCUCUGUUCCCAGUAUUAUCCAGUUCAGUGUUUGCUUCCGUCUGAGAGACUGACUCCUCCACGGCAGCCACAAUUCCCCAAGGGACCACCUGGCGUGGCCUCUGGAGGCCGCCAGGAGGGAGGCGAGGCUACGAGGCAGAGGCGGGCACACCUAAGCCUUUGAGGUGGGCAGGGUGCCGCCUCCAGCCCCUCGGGGAGGGACGUCUGUGGGUCUGGGAGUGCUCUCCCUGCCCGCCCACCCCCGCCACAGCCUCCACGUAGGCACCUUUCACCCUGCUGUCCGCCUGGGGCGGUGUGGCUUGGGCAGAGGGCAGUUUAAAGCACAAAACUACCGCAAGGAGUUGCUGGAACUUUCUCACGCCACCCAGUGUGGUGGAGACACAGGCAGGCGGCCGCUGUGAAAUCAGAGAUGCACCGCUCUCCUCCGUCACAGAGCAUCUCGGCUCACGGGGCGUCCUCUGAUGCAGUCCGGGCAGGGUGCAGGCACUCCCCCCGGCUUGUUCCGCCACCGCCUAUGCCCGCCAUGUUCGCUGUCGUGUUUGUGUGGGCGGGCCUGCCCUGCGAGAGCGGAGAGUUCUUCCCACCCAGCGGCCCACACCUGUGGCUUCUGUCCCUUUGCCAUCCCAAACAGGAAACCGCUCGCCGCUCUCUUGGCUUGGCACAGCCUCCUGGUCCAGGCUCAGGAGCCAGGGCUUGGCCGAUGCCCCCCACAGGCCUCCCUGGGCCUGGCCCUCCUCUCCUGGCUCCCAGAUCCUUCACUGCCCUCCUAUGUGCAAGGACAGACUCUACAGGGAAAAUUGUUUCUUCCAUGGCAUCUUUGUUCUAUCCCCCAGCCCCUGCCCAUCUCCAGAACUCAAAUGAGCCCCUGGCCCCCCACCACACCCCAGUCCAAUCCUUUGAACCCAUGUCCCGAGGGCCUUGCAGGGAAGCGGAACUGCUCCAUGAAGAGCCGAGGGUCAGAGAGGACUCCUGAAGUGAAUCAGGGCCCUGCCCUGCCCUGCCCACCAGCUCUCUUCUGGCGAUCGCCUCCUGCCCGAGCUGCAGGGUCCUCUGGCCCGUGCUCUCCUCUGUGUGGCUAGCACAAGUGUAUAUAUGUUUUGUACCUCUGCCGAUGACUGUACAUAGUGUAUGAAAGUUAUUUAAGCCCCAUGCUGUACAUUUCUGUUCCUAGACUGGAUGUGUGUGUGUGUUCUAAGAAGUUGUCAUAAAUAAAACCUGAAUGACCAUUG